UGUUAUGCCGCUGACACCGUCAUAUUUUGUCGGGCAACGUGAUUGGGUAACUUAGUGUGACUAACGUCGCCAUGGAGAUCGUUGAUUUCACUGAACUUCAUUAUUGAUAUUUUGGUCUGUAACUUUAGAUAACUGAUAAUUAGUCCGGGUCGGGAUGAUAGACUGCAACCUAACAAGCCGGCCGGAGAAUAGUGUCUAAUUACCAUGGAGACAACAGAAACCUUUCGCCGAAGCAUAAAUUGAAAACUUCGCGCGAAUCUUUAAUUUCUGUUGAGCGACAAAAGUGUCGAGCGACCUACCAUAAAUCAAUCAAGAUAUAUGUGGAACACCAGUGGACGGGACCAUUUUUCUUCAUCCAGGCUGCAGACCCCCAGCUCGGACUGAUGAAGGCUUGGAGGGACGGCGACUGCGACGGUGGAGGAGACGAAUGGGCCGAGGAGGUUGAGCUCACCAAUCAGGUGGUGGAGGCCAUUAACCAGCUUAGUCCCAGGCCCAAGUUCAUGGUGCUGUGUGGCGACCUGGUCCACGCCAUGCCAGGGACCCCGUUUAGAGAAGGUCAAGAGCGAGACCUGAAGGCGGCGCUGAAAGGGACGGAUCCAUCCAUCCCGCUGGUAUUUGUCAGUGGCAACCAUGACCUGGGAAACACCCCCACCCCCGGAACAGUGGAGCACUACUGCGGUGCUUGGGGAGACGACUAUUUCAGCUUCUGGGUGGGUGGAGUCCUCUGCCUGGUUCUGAACUCCCAAUUGUUCUAUGACGCCUCGGCCUGCCCUCAGCUGAAGGAGGCCCAGGAGACCUGGCUGGAGCAGCAGCUGAGCAGAGCCUCCUCCUCCUCUUCAACGGAACCCAAACCCAAACACGUGCUGGUGUUCCAGCACAUCCCUCUGUACCUAAAGAGCCCUGAUGAGGAGGAUGACUACUUCAACCUGCAGAAGGCAGUUAGACAAAACCUGCUGGACAGGUUCAAGAGGGCAGGGGUGAAGGCCGUCUUCUCCGGCCAUUAUCACCGGAACGCCGGAGGUUGCCACGGUGGCCUAGACAUGGUUGUGAGCUCGGCCAUCGGCUGCCAGCUGGGCGAGGACACUCACGGCGUCAGGGUGGUGGUGGUGACUGCGGAUGAUGUCGUCCAUCGCUACCACAGCCUGGAGCAGCUGAGGGUGGGAGGCAUGGACGAGGAGCUCAGGAAACUCCUGCAGGCCUGACGACGGAUGGAGGGAAAACUAGAGAUGAGAUGAGCUUUUUUUUUUUUUUUUUUUUGAGAAUUGUUUUGUUUUGAUUUUACAGUUUUGAGCCCCUCAUCUCAGAGGCAACAAGGUUUUUUGGAGAUGGAUUUGUUUAUCAACUUGCGGGUCUACCAGUGAAAAAACUAAUUUAAAGAUCUAAUUUGACACUCGUUAAGUGUCUCUCUCCACUGAAUGUUUUCCUGGGAGCAUCUCUCGUUUUUCAAGUCAGUAAGGAUGUUAUUUUCUCUGGUCCAGCCAUGAAAGGGGCACACAGAGAUCAGUGAAUGUGUUACAAAACUAGUGGUUCUUUUGUAGAGAAGCACUACCUUUCCCGCACAGUCCUCCCAUAUCUGAAGUAGCAUUACAUCCUCUCUGACACCCACUCUGUCUGUCUGUGCUGUGUUAAAGUUCGAGACAAAAUGCUAUUGUGUAGUCAGAUGUUGUCAGUGUAACUUUAAAUGUAUUAUUUGAUCUUUCUUUUUUUUUUUUUUUUUUGAAGAUUCCACCCAAAAACUUUAAAACCUCGUUUAGAUUUCAGGGUACAUUGUGUUUGGUGAUAAUGUAGCUUUCUCCUGUUUCAGCAGAUAACUGUAGUAACAGUGCCAGAUGAAAUCUAUCACAGAAGAGGAAGAGAAAGAAGCCCUUUACCAGAAAAUAAUGCAGCUACAGGGCUUGUUUUGAAUUAGUAAUACCCCACUUUCUCGCUCUUGGUGUCAGUAUUUCUUGUUGUCAUAGGUAUUUCUACUGUUUGCUGUUGCUGCAAUUUAAUGCCUUGUUGGCCAUCCUAUGCAAGCUAAUCACAUCACUGUGUGGGUGUGUGUGUGUGUUUUUAUGGUUAAUGUGGUAUGUUGUUUGACCGGGUCAGCUGACCGCUGACCUCAGAUGAGCUUGGGAUCCUGUCUGUUUAUGGCCCCAUUAUAAAACCAGCAUUAGUUGACUUGAAAGGUCAUUUUUAAUCUAUAUUAAUAAUAACAAAACUGGCAAUCUUGUUUUUGACUGAAACUUAAAGUUAUAAGAAUAUAGAUCUCAGCUCACUGUGGCUGCUCCUUCUGUCCGCUGUCAAAAAAAAUCCCAGACGAGCUCUGAUAUGACUGUGGGAGUGACGCUGAUAUCUUUUAGAUAAAAUUACAAACAGUAACGCUGGAUUACAUGCUGCAUUAUUUCAUGUGAAUCUCCUGUGCGUGUGAAGGCAAUUUAAAGCCAGUGCAGGAGUGGCGGACUCUGCCACUACGAAAACUAAUAUAUAGAAAGAUAAUUAUUGAAUGUAAAUACAUUGAAUGGCUAUUUCAGAAAGAAAUUACAAUAAAUAAUAUUAAACAUGGGGUUUGACACCAUGAAAAUCUCAAGGAUUAUAACUAUAGCGUCUUUUUCCUUUGUUGGGCAGUACAGCAGAGCUUAUUUGUGUUUGACUGAUAGCUACACUUGAAUGUGUUUCUCUCUAACAGAGGUUCACUCACUUAAAAAUCAGAGGAAAUUCAUUACUCUGCAUUACUCCAUUACCAUUAAAUUACUGUGGGAUAAGUGUUGUAAUAUCCAUUUGGUUCAUUCUAGUGAACUUGUUUAUGAAAGCGUAGAUCAAACUUCCUGCAGUUUUCCCUCACUGUGAUGUUUUGUGAUGAAAAUAUUUCAUCAUUGGACCUGAUUUGCAAUGAAAAUCUAUGUUGCAGCACUUUUAAAUCACACUUAUCUGCACAUGUCAGGGAUCCUCGCAGCGCACCCUGCACAUAAAGAAGUUCCGAGUAACAUUAAAUAAAUGAAAUGUGAUUGUGUUGUUAAACACCAAACUAAAGGACUGGUGUGAGGCUCAUAACACAUAAUGAUAGAGAUGUGAUCUGUUAGUGAUUAAUAGGGGGACAUAGUAUUUUCUGACUGGUUAGUCAUAUAAUAGCUGAAGGAACCUCACUGUGUUACAGCCUGCUAGCCACAGGCUUAUUUGGAAUCUCACAGUCCCGAAAUUGUCUUUCAAAUGGACAUUUCUGCAACAAAAUUACUUUAUCCAUGAGCCCUAAAUGACUCUACUCGAUUACACUCUCCACACACACACACAGACUCUCACACUCACCCUGACCGACUGGGAAUGUAAGAGUUGUCAUGGCAACCCUUUAGCAACACAUCUGUGUGUGUGUGUGUGUGUGUGUGUGUGUGUGUGUGUGUGUGUGUAUGUGUGUGUGUGUGUGCGUGUGUGUGUGUGUCUCGGAGGGUGACUGCGAGUGUUCGAGAGAAAGUGUACGCACUCCCUCUCUGUGUAUGUGUGUGUGUCCGUCCGUGGUCUGGUGGGUACUGUAGGUGAAUUUCCAUCAGCGACGCAUUCGCUGACCUCAUUUCACACUGACGGAUUCUGUCUCUUUUCCAAAAAGUCAGCAUGUGAUGGAGGGAGGAGGGGGCGUCUGAGAGGAAUGGAUAAUGAGUGUGAUGUGUGAAAGAUGACUCAGUCCAUCUCCUUCAUUUCCUGUCUGAGAAGGAACCUUAUGUCCUUAUCUAUUUUUAUAUCCUCAUGGUAGCCAAGCUCAAUCACAUUGUUCUUUAUCUUUUUUUGUGUAUGUGUGAAUUUGUUUUAGAGCACAUUUGCUGUAUGAAUUGGGGGAACAUCACAUUCUUUGACUUGUUCCUGUGUUGAAUUCUAAUGAAUGACCGUACUGAACACCAUGACUGUGAUAUCAUUGGUUGUAUUUUUAUAAUAAAUGUUGAUUUUAUCUAAUGACUGCAGUAGUGUUUAGUAUGCUGUGUUAGCUGUUCUUAGUACUUAAAAUGCUGGACUUGCACAAACAACUUUUCAUGCAUUUUUUUUAUAAAGCAGUGAGAUACAACUCUUAUUCUCUGAAAACGUUUUGACCUUAUGCACUCAGAAAUCAGUUCACAGAAAGUAACAUUAAACUACAUCACUGCUCUCCA